GUGGGUCAUGUGACUGGUGCAAGAUGGCUGCCUUCCUGCAAUGGCGACGCUUCGUUUUCUUCGACAAGGAGCCGCUGAUGGAGCGCGGGGAGCCGGCCCGGGAAUUCCGCUGCCCCGGGGACUCGGCCAUCAGCGUCUGCACCAGCGGCAGAGGCAGCCUGGUGUUGGGGGAUAUUGAAGGGAAUAUCUGGUUUCUGUCACGGAUAUUACAAUUCAGCUCCUUCCAGGCGUACAAGCUGCGAGUUACACACCUCUACCAGCUCAAACAGCACAGCAUCCUGGUCUCAGUGGGUGAGGAUGAGCUGGGCAUUAACCCUUUGGUGAAAGUCUGGAAUCUGGAGAAGCGGGACAGCAGUGGGAAUCCUCUUUGCACACGGAUAUUUUCUGCGAUUCCUGGAAACAAGCCCACAGAAGUCUCAUGCCUCACUGUCCAUGAGAACCUCAACUACAUGGCAAUUGGAUUCACAGACGGUAGUGUUGUCCUGAAGAAAGGGGACAUCACUCGUGACAGACACAGUAAGACCGAUGUUCUACCGGAGGGGACCUAUCCCAUCACUGGCCUUGGAUUCCAGCAAUCUGGGAAACAGACCCAUCUAUUUGUGGUUACUACAGAGAAUGUCAAGUCGUACAAUGUUUCAGUGAAGGAUUUCCCUGCGGUGGAGCUGGAUAACCAUGGCUGCAGUCUGCACUGUUCUGCCCUCUGUGACCCAUCGCAGGAUAAGCAGCUGGUUGUUGCAGGCGAUGACUGUGUUUAUCUGUACCAGCCCGAUGAGCGCGGCCCCUGUUUUGCUUUCGAUGGCCAGAAACAGAUUGUUCACUGUUACCGUGGUUACCUCCUCAUUGUCUCGAAGGAAAAGAAGACCUCAAAGACUGAUUUUGUUGGAGGUAAUGAGCAAUCCUCUGAGAAACAGAUAUUAACCAUCUACGACUUGGAUAAUAAAUUCAUCGCGUACACGGCAGCUUUCGAUGACAUUGUUGAUGUGCUGUCUGAGUGGGGCUCUUUGUACGUGCUGACCAGCGAUCGGAAAAUCAGCAUUCUGCAGGAGAAAGACACACAGACAAAACUCGAGAUGUUAUUUAAGAAGAACCUGUUUGUUAUGGCAAUCAACCUGGCAAAGAGUCACCAUUUAGAUAAUGAUGGACUAGCGGAAAUCUUCCGACAUUACGGUGACCACCUGUACGUGAAAGGGGAUCACGAUGGUGCCAUACAGCAGUACAUCCGCACUAUUGGGAAGCUGGAGCCGUCCUAUGUGAUACGGAAGUUUCUGGAUGCACAGCGGAUCCACAACCUAACAGCGUACCUUCAGGCCUUGCACCGCCAGUCACUGGCCAAUGAGGACCACACAACACUUCUCCUCAACUGUUACACUAAACUGAAAGACAGCUCCAAACUCGAGGAGUUCAUCAAGACCAGUGACAGCGAGGUCCACUUUGAUGUUGAAACUGCCAUUAAGGUGCUGCGGCAGGCUGGUUACUACAGACAUGCUGUCUAUCUGGCUGAUAAACACUCCCACCAUGAGUGGUACCUCAAGAUCCAGCUCGAGGAUAUCAAGAACUACCAGGAAGCUCUGUACUACAUUGGGAAGCUUCCCUUCGACCAGGCAGAGAGGAACAUGAUGAAAUACGGGAAAACAUUGAUGCAUCACGCUCCAGAUGAGACCACUGAGUUGCUGAAGGUCCUGUGUACAGAUUACAGACCCAGUGGAGAGCCUCCAGCAGAGAGAGAGCCUGUCAGCAGAUAUAAGGACAAGGCAAAUUCCGAGGAGUUUAUUUCAAUCUUUGCCAACAACCCACGGGAGCUGAAGAAUUUCUUGGAGCACAUGAUCCAAGUUCAGGCUAACUCCCCACAGGGUGUGUACGAUACGCUUCUCGAGCUCAGACUGCAGGACUGGGCCCACGAGGAGGACUCUCAGGCAAAGAAACAGCUACAGGAAGAUGUGAUGAGCCUAUUGAAGAGCGGAUUAUUUAAGGCUGUCUUUGACAAGGCGCUGGUGCUGUGCCAGAUGCACAAUUUCAAAGAUGGAGUUUUGUACCUGUAUGAGCAAGGCCGACUGUACCAGCAGAUAAUGCAUUAUCACAUGCAGAACGAUGAGUAUGCCAAGGUGAUUGAGACCUGUGAGCGGUAUGGGGAGCAGGAGGCCUGCCUGUGGGAACAAGCACUCGGAUACUUUGCACGGAAGGAGGAGGAUUGUAAGGAAUACAUUGGCAGUGUGCUGAGACACAUCGACAGGAACAAUCUCAUGCCUCCUUUGCUGGUUGUACAGACGCUGGCUCAUAACUCCACAGCCACACUUUCGGUCAUUAAGGAUUAUCUCAUUAACAAGCUGCAGCAGGAAAGUGACCACAUUGCUGAGGAUGAGCGAAAGAUCAAACAAUAUCGAGAGGAAACCAAAAAAAUCCGAGAGGAGAUUGAGGAACUAAAAAGCAGUGCCAAGAUCUUUCAGAAGCCCAAGUGCAGCAUGUGUAACAGUCCCCUGGAACUGCCCUCUGUCCACUUCCUGUGUGGCCACUCCUUCCACCAGCACUGCUUCGAGAGUUAUGCAGAACAUGACUCCGAGUGUCCGACCUGCAUGCCCGAAAACCGGAAAGUCAUGGACAUGAUCCACGCCCAGGAGCAGAAGCAGGAUCUUCAUGACAAGUUCCAGCACCAGCUGAAGUGUUCGAAGGAUGGAUUCUCAGUCAUUGCGGAUUACUUUGGUCGUGGGGUCUUCAACAAACUGACACUAAUCACAGACCCCCUCCCUGGGAGAACAGCCACUGUGAACAUUGACGUUGGACUUCAGAGGGACCUGUUGAUACACACUAAGAGAACAGCCUAAGGCCAGAACCCAACACCUGCACCUUCAUCAAACACUUUUAGUAAUUUUUCCUGUGGAACUCCUGCUGUAAUGUAGAAGUUACAGAAAGUUUACUUGCUUGGUGACAGAGACUUGAUGCAGUGAUGAGGUGUUUCUGCAUCCGAUGUGAAUCGGUAAACCCUCAGAGUCACAUCUAACUGGAUGUGGUUGGCAAUAGUAUUAUAACCAUGGAUUUAACCUCUGAAGCUCCAGGCACUAGGUUCCAAUGACUGGAGAGACAGAUCCCUUCAGCUCUAUAAGGGAUAAGGCUGGCUCCAGCUUUCAAUUUGGAGUAACUUAAAAUUGUCUGAAAGCACUAGAGAAUACACAAGACUGUGUGCAGGGUGUAUACUGGCUCGCAAAGCCCUCCGUAAAGGAGCCAUGGAUCCUGGCAGUUUCCAACUGCGCGCGUCUAUUCAUGUGCAAUACUGGAUUAUCUUGAGUUUGAAGUUUUAUAUCAUGGGGGUUCUACAUGUAGGGUCACCACAUAAAUGCUGUUUGGUGAUGGUGCUGGUGUGAAUUGCUUCUCGCAUCUCCCUGGUAGUUGACUGGAAUACUGGAGAAAAUCUUAAAAAUCAUGACUGAAUUGUUACACCAAGAACCUCAGCAUUAAACCCCCUUCCUCCAAUCACUGUCUGAGCAGCUGAAAGAGAGCCACAGUACCACCUUCAGGAAAAGAUCCUGUCUGAUUUUUCUCUAUCUGGCAACGUUGGGGGAGUGAAAAUUGUAUUCUGCACCUCUAUCCAUCAGCCUUAAAUGCCUGAUUGUAGCCCUCGUGUAUCUCUCCAGGAGACAGGAGGGUACAGCCCCGAUGAUUGUCAUCCUCUAUGGUGCUGCAUAAGGAGUUUAAUUGCUUUUAGGAUUUGGCUGCGUGUGUCAGUUCAGAGGCCGAUUUCACACCUUGACUUGUACAGCUCCCUGAUCAGGAUCCUUCCCCAGUCCUUUGAUGUGUCUACUCCCUAUUCUUGCAUUCUCUGCUAUUCUGCCUGGUCUUUGAUGUCUCAGUGAUAGAUUGUAUUUAUGUAUAGCUGAAAAAUAACCUCCUGAAUUUGAAAAUGUAAAUAAAGAAUAUUGCAGCACUCGAA